GAGUAGCUGGAGGCUAGUCUGUGCAAGUCUGGGGCGUAUUCAUUACGCCAAUUCUGUUGCAAYUCGUUGCUUAAACAGAAGCAAACGGAACGAAACUGGGCGGGACCUGCCGGAAURUGUCCAAUAGAAACUCUCGUUUUAGUUCCAACAAAGGUUCCGUUUAGCAACUGCUGGACUAAUGAUUASACCCCUGAUCUGAGACGGAUUCAUGUUUAUACUGGUCACAACAGUGUGGUAGUCUUUAAAAAAAUAUAUUGAUCAAAAUGUGUACAUUAAGGAAAUAGACACUUGGCUUCAAUAGAAGCCAGUCUAAUAAGCGCCGGUUGUGUUGCUUUAUCGUUUGAUGUUCUGGGGUGCAUUCAUUAGUCGCAGACCAUUGCAAAACGUUUCGCAACGAAACCCGUUCAGCGUUAACUCCAGGAAGCAAACGUAAGGAAACGUGAAGUGACCUACCUUAAAUAGUUUUUCCUUUCAAAGUGUUUUCCUUUUGAAGUAAAUGGUUUUCGUUGCGAAACGUAACAGGCCAACACGCCUUUGAUGAAACCGUGCGAUGAAAUAAAACGUUUUUAUUAGCAGUAUUAUCAAACUUGUAUUUUGCUCAUUUGMCUAGUCCAGCAUAGAUCUGAAGGAAAAGGCUUUGACUGUAGAGAGAGCAUAAAUAGGAACAGACGCGCUAAAAGUAGCACGGUUUGGAAGUAUUUCACCAGAAAGGGCGUUGAUACAUGUACAUGUCGGCUAUGCAAAGCUGUACUCAAAUACAACAACGGCAGCACUGACAGCAUGUUAAACCACAUCAAAUACAAGUACCCAGCCAUCACAGUGCCAGCUCUAGAUGGUAAAUCAGAAACGACCACCAGGACAUUAAAGUUAAAAAGAGAAGCUGCAAUAAAGGCAGAGAAGACCAUGUCUAAGAGCACAUACGAAGAAGAGGAAGAUGAGGAGGAGGAUGAGCAUCUCCCCAAGACUGGGAUGUCAAAGCAAGAUCCCAAUACUMCAGAGGUAGCCAUGACAGAAGACGGGACUGCAGAGCAGUUUGAGUUUCAGUAUGGACUGGAGGGACCAACAUUUAAGAAUGAGAAUGAGAAUGGGGAGUGCUCCAAGAGCCAUCUGUCCAUCAUCAAAGUGGAACAACUGGACCCCCUUCUCRCUGACCAAAACAACUCCAGCUGUGGUUCUGGGUCACCUGGGGAUCCUGGGCCUCCUGGCUCGUCUGGUUUUGGGUCCAGUAUGAGUCCAGCUGCACAGUUCUUCAGGAAGUGCCACCAGGCAGGCUGCAUACAGUUAAUCUUCUCUGAGUUUUCCUCCCGCCUCAACACUAUCACUGAGAGGAUUUCAUCCCAGCAGGCCAGCGAAGAAGAUUUCAACCUCACCCUGAAAGUGCUGGAGGCCUCUGGGAUGCUGCCAGAGAUCUUUGCAAAGAGAGACCAAGAAAUGGAGAAGAGACUGAAGGAUCUGCAGAGAGAGACUGAAGCGGUGAGGACUGCCAGGUCUGCCAUGAGAGAUGCCUGUGUCAUGAGCUUCACCCCAUCAUGACGGAUCACUGCUGAAGAUAAAAGCGGUUUUAUAAGACMUUAUAAUUAGGGCCUGGAGUUUUCCCUGACCAGACUAGGAAUGUAUAGGACCUGAAGUUUUCCUGGUCCGAUCAUGUGGACAGAGUUUUUCCCAUCAUGUGYACAGGAAAAACCUCACCCCAGUUUUAGUAGAAUGUAAAUAUUUGAAACAUUUUAUAUUUGCCAUAUUUUUCUACCUUUGUGUUCAAACAUUUUAACUCUGAUAUUUGAAAACAGUUUGUUGUACCCUGGCUACUGAGAUGGGUGAUAUAUUAUACUUGAAGUGAGUAAUAGGCGAUAUAAUCUUGUGACAUACAUUGGUUCUGGGUUCCAAGGUUAUUGGCGUUGUAGUGAUGUUAGUAGGUGAUCUUUUGUGUCCAUCUGUGCUGUAUGUACUUUGUGCUUACUAACCCUUCACAGGUUAAAUAUGUCCUUAUACAGUAUGUGUAACAGUAUAACUUUAGUGCGUCCCCUCGCCCCGACCCGGGCGCGAACCAGGGACCCUCUGC